CACUUUUCACCAAAACAAGCCGAGCUGCACAAUAAUAGAACGGGCGAGUUGAAAUUUCCAUCCCGUUUGGCAGAAUCAUUCUUCCCAUCGGGGCGUCUUACUCUACGACCUUUUGAAGGAUUUCCCCUCUCGUCACGUCGGGCUCAUAAUUUCUAGCCCAUCAAUAAACUUUUUGGCACCCCCUUUUUAUUAAACCAACCAUGAGCGCAGACUACGGGGACGUGGACAAUUGGAUAUCGGUCUUGAUGGCCUGUAAGCAGCUGUCGGAAGCCGACGUGAAAAAGCUCUGCGACAAGGCCCGAGAAAUCCUCAUGGAAGAGUCCAACGUCCAACCUGUUCGCUGCCCUGUAACAGUCUGCGGAGAUAUUCAUGGCCAAUUUCAUGACUUAAUGGAGCUUUUCCGUAUUGGUGGUAACUCUCCAGACACAAAUUACCUCUUCAUGGGCGACUAUGUCGACCGCGGUUAUUACUCUGUGGAAACGGUCACUCUCCUCGUGGCACUCAAGGUCCGCUACAGGGAUCGCGUUACCAUUCUUCGCGGAAACCACGAGUCCAGGCAAAUUACGCAGGUGUACGGGUUUUACGAUGAGUGCUUGAGGAAAUACGGGAACGCCAAUGUGUGGAAGUAUUUCACCGACCUGUUUGAUUAUUUGCCUUUGACCGCAUUGAUUGAAGAUCAGAUCUUCUGUCUUCAUGGAGGCUUGUCUCCAUCGAUUGAUACUCUAGACCACAUUCGGUCACUUGACCGUAUCCAGGAAGUCCCCCAUGAAGGCCCCAUGUGCGAUCUGCUAUGGUCUGAUCCUGACGAUCGCUGCGGGUGGGGUAUUUCUCCCCGUGGAGCUGGGUACACGUUCGGUCAAGAUAUCUCUGAGGCAUUUAAUCGCAAUAAUGGGUUGACUCUCAUCUCUAGAGCCCAUCAAUUAGUAAUGGAGGGUUACAAUUGGAGUCAAGAUAAAAAUGUCGUAACAAUUUUCAGUGCGCCAAACUACUGCUACCGAUGUGGUAACCAAGCUGCCAUUAUGGAGAUAGAUGAGCACUUGAAAUAUACCUUCUUGCAAUUCGACCCAGCCCCCAGGCGCGGCGAGCCGCACGUCACUCGUCGGACCCCAGACUAUUUCCUGUAGAAAUUAAAUCCCUCAAAUUACCCAAAACGGAUUUCAUCACUCUGUUUUCUUUUUCUAAAAGGCAGUGAUUGUACAGUUUUUGAAGCUUUCGCCUGCCUUUGGCUGACUUGGAUGUGUGCUUGGGAGUUAUGGGCUGUGCCCUGUCGGUUCUAUCGUUAUUACGACGCUUGGCCUGAUUACAUAGGCUGGGAUUGAGAAGGAGAGCUGUAUUUUGCUGCGAGUGGUGCUGUAACUCGUUUGCAAUUUGAUAGCAACAGUUUGAGCCUUCGAGGUGUAAUAUACCGAUGUUCUUCGUUGAGGUGUGAAAUCGUCCUGCUCUCUGUCGAUGCAUGUUUUGACGAUGAUUGGGGAGCAAAGGGGACAACCAAGGAUGGUCACUGAUAAGUUCGCCACAAACGUGGAAUACACUAGUUGCAUAGUUUUGGCUGUUCCCAUAUUUGUACAUCACACUCUCAAUCGCGCAAAAAC